AUGCCGGCAUACGCCGUAAUCGGAGGACAGUGGGGUGACGAGGGCAAGGGGAAGGUCAUCGACUACCUUGCCGGGCAGGUGGAUAGCGUCGUGCGCUUUGCCGGUGGCAACAACGCGGGCCACACGGUGGUCAACGACGAAGGUGUCUUCCAGCUCCACCUUGUCCCCUCCGGCAUCUGCUGGCCCGAGGUUGACGGCAUUAUCGGCAACGGCGUGGUUGUCGACCCCGACGUCCUGACCGACGAAAUGGAUAUGCUGCGCGGGCGUGGCAUCGACACGGGCAAGCUGCACGUCAGUGAGCGUGCCCACGUCAUCAUGCCCUAUCACGUCCUGCUUGACGGUUUGGAGGAAAAGGCACGCGGAGACAGUGCUAUCGGCACCACCGGCCGCGGCAUCGGCCCCGCCUACGUCGACAAGACCGGCCGGGCUGGCAUCAGGGUGGGCGAUUUGCUCGACUGGGAGACGCUGGCUCCCAAGCUGAAGACUGUUCUUGAGCAGAAGAACGCCAUCAUAACCAAGAUUCACGGCGCAGAACCGCUGGCCUACGAGGACGUGAAGGCCAAGUGCCGGCAGUGGGCCGAACAGUUGCGCCCUUACGCUCAUCCCACCGAACAGAUCGUGCAGGACCGCUUGGCAAUGGGCAAACGCGUGCUGCUGGAAGGAGCGCAGGGGACCCUGCUGGACCUAGACCACGGAUCUUAUCCCUACGUCACUUCCUCUUCGCCAUCCAUCGGCGGUGCCUGCACCGGCCUGGGACUGAGCCCUCAGUCCAUUGCCGGCGUUCUCGGCGUGUUCAAGGCCUACUCAACGCGGGUUGGCGGCGGGCCGAUGCCAUCUGAAAUCGAGGAUGACUUCGCCGAGAAAAUUCGUGAAAUCGCCCAGGAAUACGGCACCACCACCGGCCGUGCCCGGCGCAUCGGCUGGUUUGAUGGCGUGGCCGCCAAGUACAGCCAGCUCGUCAACGGUUUCACCGGCCUCGUGCUCACCCGCCUGGACAUCCUGGAUGGCUUCGAGUCUGUCAAGAUCUGCGUCAGCUACCGAGUCGACGGGCAAGAGGUUGAUCGAUUCCCGGCCAACACGUCUCUGUUGGCCCGCUGCGAGCCCGUAUACGAGGAGAUGCCAGGCUGGAAUGAGCCAACGGCCAGCGCCACAAAGCUGUGCCAGCUACCUGCCAACGCCGUGGCCUACAUCCAUCCGGGACGCAUCGAGGAACUGGUGGGCUGCCAGACGUGCAGAUCGUGUCCACCGGCCCCAGCCGCGCGGAGACCAUCCUACUCAGCCCAAUCUUCUAGUGAUGGAGAGGGUGCGGUGACCUCCAUCCCCACCACUACCGACCUGCUGCGCCUGCUGAGGGAGGAUCCGGACUUCCGGGAUCAAGUCCGGAGUCUGUUGCUGACACAGGAACUGAUCGAGUUGCCGGAGCGCUUCGCCCGCUUCGAGACAUACGUGGAGCGGCAUUUAGCCGAGAUAAGUGCCAACGUUUCCAAAAACACCGGCGACAUCGGCAGGUUGAGAGGCGCAGAGUACGAGCGCCGGGUAGGGCGCAGUUUUGCAAGCUAUGCCAGCAUGGCGUUUCGGCAGCGCCACGGCAGGCGUCUGAGCCGGAACCGGCUGCUUUUCAGCGGUAUCCUCGGAAGAGAUAGCGGGUACGAAGAGUUGAUUGCCGAUGCCGUUGACGACAGCAUGAUUUCCGACGAUGAAAGGGCGGAACUGGAGCAGGCUGACGCGGUGAUGAGUGGACAGGACGGGAGCGCGACUGUGUUCUACGUUGGCGAAUUUUCCAUCACCGUCAACCACACCGACUUAGACCGCGCGAUUGCUCGAGCUGCCGCCCUCAGCAAUGUGACCGGCUGCGAUGCUUGGCCCAUGGUCAUUGGCGAGACUAUACCUGACCCGCAAAGGGCGAGGGCCGAGGCAGAAGGGGUGGCGUUGAGGCAGGUGGCAGAGCAGUCCUGA